AUGACAAGUGGAGAUCCGACCAAAGUCGAAUACUUCCACAGCGAGAAGGGAGACGACAUGGAGAUGGGAAAGGCAGGGGGGUCCGUGGUCCAGGAGAACAAGGUCGACGCCAUCGUGGAUAGCGACGCGCAGAUUGAUCCUGUCCUCGAGAAGAAGGUCAUGCGAAAAGUUGACUGGCGUCUUUUGCCCGUCGUCACCGCCAUCUAUGCUUUCUCGUUGAUUGACCGAACAAACUAUGGUGGUGCCCGGAUCGCGGGUAUGGACGAGGCCCUUCAUCUUGAUGUCGGCAACCGCGCCUCCGUCGCCUUGAUGAUUCUCUUUGUCGGAUACAUCCUGUUCGAGCUGCCUUCGAAUAUCCUUUUGAAGAAGUUUGGCCCUCGAAUCUGGCUGUCGACUCUGGGCCUGUGUUUUGGAAUCCUGACCAUCGCCUCCGGGCUGGUCAAGACGUGGGGAGCUCUUGCUGCUGUCAGAGCAUUCUUGGGCGUCUUCGAGGCGGGUCUGCUACCGGGUUGCUUCUACCUGAUGACCUCUUGGUACCGCAAGUAUGAAAUUCAACGAAGGCUGUCGUACUUCAUCCAAAGCACGUUCGUCAUCACAUCGUUUUCCAACGCCCUGGCGUACGGCUUGACUCAAAUUGCCGACGAGCCCGAGGUGGACGGGUGGAAAUGGAUCUUCAUCGUGGAAGGGGCCAUCACGAUCGGGAUUGCCCUUGUCCUCUUCUUCGUCGUGGUCGACCUGCCGUCGUCGAGUGGCAAUAAAUUCCUCUCCCCAGCAGAGAAGGAACUCAUCAAGCAAAGAAUCAUGACCGAGCGUGGGGAGUUCGAAGGCGAGAAGAUUACGUGGAAGGUCAUCGUCUACACGUUCUCUCAGUGGCAUGUCAUAAGCAUUUCUUUCCUCUACCUGGCCGCCGCCGCCGGGUCCUACACCUGGAUCAUCUUCAACCCCAUCAUCCUUCGAAACAGCAUGGGCUAUAGUCUGGUCUCGGCGUACAUGUUGACCGUCCCGCCCGCCGUGUUCUCCACGAUCACGACAUUGAUCGUCUCGAGGUACGCUGACAAAUGGCACAUCCGCGGGCCGGUCUGCUGGUUUGGCACCGUCAUCGGACUGGCGGGCGUCGCCAUGGUUGGAUUCGCCGAGUCCCCCGUGGCCCGGUAUGCCGGGAUCUGGGUCGGCGAGAUCGGCACCAACGCGUACAUCGUCACCUGCGUGGCCUGGGGUCACAACAACAUCCGCACCGAUGGGCCCCGGGCCGUGCUUUCCUCCAUCCACGUCGGAUCUGCCGCCGUGGGUGCGAUAUAUUCCUCGCUCGUGUUCCGACAACAGGAUGCGCCGGACUACAUACCUGGUCUGGCGGCGAUCAUUGCCAUUCUCACGGCGGGGUUCGUUGUGAGCGUUCUGACGUCGUUCUUCCUCUGGCGUGCAAACAAGAAGGCCGACGCAGGGAAGAAGAUCAUCGAAGGCGCCGUGGGAUUCCGUUAUACCUGGUAA